CGUCAUGGCCCAGAGACCAGCCCAGCCGCCCGCUGCGCUCGAGGUAAACAGCAAUGCGCCCACCCCCCUGCAUCCACCGACACCACUCUCGCAGAGACGCUACGCUUGACUCGAGGCGCUGGCCUCGCUCCCGGGAAUGAGUCCGCGCAAGAAAUCGAAGCCGAACCCGCUGGCCGAGCACGCCGGUGCCAGCGCGUCCCCAGUCCCGCCUGACAGCACCGCGCCCGCCGCCACGCCCGCCGCAACCACACCGAGCGGAAGCACAACCCUCGAGAAUGCCCCCGCAAGCUCGGCCAUGCAAGGAUCUCUGGACUCGUCCAAUGGCGCUGCUACACCCUCGACGCCGGCAGAGCCCCAGCUCAACACGAAGCCGAGCAAGAGGUGGCUCAGCGGGGGCAGCUGGCGCUCAAAGGCUUCUGCAACGGUCAAGACGGCGAGCCAGAGCAUCGGCGUCAGUGUCAGCGGCGGUGCGCCCUCGGAUAUUCCAGCCGAAGAGCCGAAGACGUCCAAGGACCAGUCGCCCGCCAAGUUCCUGAUGAAGCGCAAGUCGAGCAAGGCCGACACCAUACCUGCGUCCCUGACCACACUCAACGUCUCGUCCGACGGCUCUGUGAACGAGCCAAAGGAACCAACCCCAGAAGAAACCCCCAAGGAGCCACCUACCGUUAACGAGCCGCCGUUGCCUCCGGAUCCGCCUAAGAUCGAUGCAGCUCAGCAGGCGGGCACCUGGGGCUGGACAUCCUGGUGGUCUAGGCCAGAUGGAUACUCGGAGGCAUCCAAAACGCCCGCCAUCGAAGAUGCCCAGGGUACUCCGCUGCCCGGUGUCACGCCAUCCGAGGAGCCUACUGCUGCUGCAAAGCAACUGGGCAGUGUCACCGCGCAUGAACAACCGUCCAAGGAGCAGGAUGUGGAGAUGAAGGAUGUACCGGCUGAGGACGUUCAUGAACCGCAAGAUACGGAGAUGAAGGACAGGGAUACAAGCACCACGAGUGCUCCAGCCCCAAGGAACUCGUGGUUCUGGUCCUGGAGUAGUAAAGAAAGUGUGCCAGCGGAUCCUCCUGCUACAACGACGGCUCCUCCUGAGUACGUUCCUGAUGCUUCCAACGAGGAGAUUCUACUUCCGCAGGCCGCCGAGGCACCGCAAACCGAACCUACUUCUCAGGUCGAAGAGACGGCAGGCGACGCAGUGGCCAGCGAGGCAGCUCCUGACGCGGAUAAGAAAGGGCGGUCCAAUUCUCAAGGCUGGGCGUUCUGGUUCAAGUCACAAUCCAAGGCCGAGGUCAACAGUGACGGAGCCGUAGCCCACAAGCUGGUAGGAGAGGUGGCAGUGUCCGAUACGCCUUCGCAAUCCCAUCCUGAGCCGGCUCAGUUCAACGAGUUGGAACAGCCUAAGCCUGACGAUUCGAAGCCAGCAGAAGAACCGAAAGCCAAAUCGCCCACCUCAUCCGGCCGGUCCUUCUUGUCGUUGCGUGGUCGUUCGCGGGCAAAGACUGUACCAAAGGAGAUUUCUACAGACACACCGAGCUCUAGCAAGACUGUCACACCCUCAAAAACAUCCCCCGACCCAUCGCCUACCCGCCCCGGUACUGCCCCGGCCGCAGAACCCGCAGCUAAGGAGGCCCCGAAAGCAAAAGAAGAGCCGCCGAACAUCCUGCUACCCGAAUUCCACACUACCUAUCGAAUGGUGCAGCAGCCGUCAUUCUGGCAGAAAGUGACCCAAUACUUCUUGGGCAACGAGGCACCGCAGCCGCAUCUCCACAUCAACCCUGCUCCUCCGCGCAUCAAGAAAGCAGUGGCCAUUGGCGUGCAUGGCUUCUUCCCAAACUCGUACGUCCGAAAGGUAAUCGGCGAGCCCAAGGGUACCUCUAUUCGCUUUGCAACUGCCGCCGCCGCAUCCAUCAAGGGCUGGUGCGAAGAGCGAGGCUACGAGCCCGAAAUCGACCACAUCGCGCUCGAAGGCGAAGGUUUUAUCGCUGACAGAGUCAGGACGCUUUGGACACUUUUGCUCAACAGCGUCGAUGUUAUCAGAAAGGCGGACUUUAUCUUGGUUGCAUGCCAUUCUCAAGGCGUACCAGUAGCAGUCAUGCUCGUAGCGAAGCUCAUACAGUCCGGUUUCAUCAACUCUGCUCGAAUCGGCAUAUGCGCCAUGGCCGGCGUUAACAUGGGUCCUUUCGUCGACUUCAAGAGCAAAGCGGGUAUUUUCGGUUCCAUAGCAUCGGAGCUUUUCAGUUUUGGGGAUCCGAAGAGCUUGGCUAGUCAAAUGUAUCUGGCGGCCCUAGACGAGGUGUUGCGGUUCGGCGUAAGGGUGACCUACGUAGGCAGCAUCGACGACCAGCUCGUCUCACUAGAAUCAUCGAUUUUCUCGGUUGUCUCCCACCCCUACAUUUACCGCGCCGUCUUCGUCGACGGCCGCAACCACGCCCCCUCCUUUCUCACCCACCUCGUUGGCUUCGUCCUGAAGCUCCGCAACCUCGGCCUGCCUGACCACGGCCUCAUUCGCGAACUCUCACCGCACCUUGCAGGUUCCGUCUAUGGCGGCGAAGGCCACUCCCGCGUCUAUGAGGACCCGCGCGUCUACACCCUCGCCAUCCAGCACUCCCUCGAGACCACGUCUCUACCAGUGUCGCCCCAGCAGGUCAAGGCCAACGUCGCCGCCACGUUCGGCGGGAUCAACAUACCUGUGCCUGGAGCAAAAUAUAACGCGAAGGACACAUACAAGUUGAGGGUCAAGGAGUACAAGAGCAGCGGAAGUGCGGCGGGGGAGAACCCGUAUUUUCUGCCAUGGGCCAUGAGGGGUCUGCUCGAGGAAGAGCUCGUGAAGAAGGAGCUGGGCAAGGAGGUCGAUGGACUGUUGAAUAUGUUCGAGGAGUGGAAGCCGACGGAUAAGAGGCUAAAGGACGUGAAGUUUCGGCUGGAGGGCGUGCGGAGUAAGCUUUGACCAAAGUGACCAUUUAAGAGAGCUGGCAGGGUGUUUUGUAGAUAUUACGCAUCGUAUGGUGGAGUUUGGGUAUAGGCAAGCGUGUCAGCGACAGCUUUGCCUUUUUGGUUUGUGAGUGCGUGGACAGGCGCUUAUGGCACAUCGCGCGAUACCUUUGUAGACUUUGGAUUAUAUGCAUGC